GGGGAAUUAGGACAUUAACACUGGAGCCUGAUCGCGUUUAACUUGGAGAACGCUAAUAUCGCAACAGACGUUGGUUACUAAGCAGGAAUGAUUGCAUCAACAAUGUAUAUUUUAGCCGCUAUGUGUAGACACUCGAGAUGUUUCUGUUGAAAAAGAUGUUCAAUGGCGAAGAGAAGAUUAAGAAAGGUGAACAGGUCAAGAUGGAGGACUCAAGGAUUAAACUUCUCUGCAAGUUUGGCAAGAAAGGAUCGGGGAAAGGAUGUAUGAACAUGCCCAGUGAUGUUGCCAUUAAUUCAGAAGGGGACAUCAUUGUCGUUGACUCGGACAAUCACAAAAUACAAGUCUAUUCUAACGAUGGCCAUUUUAAGAUCCAAUUUGGAGGAAAAGGCACGUCUCCACAUCAAUUAAUUCAUCCCAUGUGUGUCACCAUAGCAAUGGAUGAUAUAAUCGCAGUUACGGACAGCGUAAACGGAUGCGUUAAGCAGUUUCAUUUAGACAAUGGAUUUCAUCGCCAAUUGUGCUCAAAUAAUACAUUUCCAUUUCCAUAUGGAAUAGCUUUUUCUAAUGUUGGCGUGUACGCUGUCACUGAUAUAUGCAAACACUGUGUAACUAUUCUCAAUAGAGAUGGAAGACAACAAUCAAGAUUUGGUUGCUAUGGCAAUGAAUCUUACGAGUUUGAUCAUCCAUAUCACGUAACAAUCACGCUUGACCAGCAAGUGGUGGUGUCUGAUACUGGCAAUAGUUCUAUCAAGAUAUUCACCCUAUCAGGCACCAUAUUGAAGAUAUUCACUUCCACGGAUUUUCGCUUGUUUGGUGAAGAGUUCAUUUACCUGCAGGGAUUAUGCUGUGACACUGACAAUAACGUCCUUGUCGUUGGUAACAACACUGUCUUCGUUAUCGCCAAAAAUGGAAGAUUCUGGGAGGUGCUUCUACCCCAAGAUGGUCUCCACUCCCCCAAGGGCAUUUGUUACUCAACCCUUGGACAGCUUAUCGUUUCUCAAGCUGGUUUUGGACAGAAACACGAGGUAUCUGUUUUCAAGUACCACAAAGAGGACUAUCGAUCACUGAGACGCAUACCAUUGUCAUCAGUUCAACCAUCUAAUCGAUCAAGCAUAUGAAUUGGUGUUAUAUUGUGUACAAUAAAUGUGUUGUAUACAAUGUGUCACGUAGUCAAAACAAUACGUGCAGUAUUAUAUUUAAAUUGCCAAAAUAAUAUUCAUGCAGCACUGUCUUUAUGACUGAAAUCAGUCAAUUCAAAUACGUCAAUUCAUAGAAUUAUUAUUGUAUUAAGGCUAUCAAGGGACAGUCAAUACCAUUAAAAUUCCGUUAAUAAUACCUUAACACUGUAAAGAUGGUGCUACAAUAUACAGAU